AUGUUUCCCCUGAUGUUGCUGUGCCUGGUGUUGCUUGUGAGCAGCCUCUUGGGUGGGCCAACCAUCACCGCGGCGGCCGCUGCAAUCGUCAAAACGGUCUCGGAGAAUCCGUUGCUCGUCGCUGAGUCGAUUCUCGAUCAUACCAUGACGUGCCCACUGGUCUUCAGUGCAGUCCUUUUCGUCGCGUUCGUCUUGCUCAGUUUCGUCCCCGCAUGCGCCAGCGUGCAUGAGAGGCUGAGUUCUGUCGACGGCCCUGUCACUGUCGCGAAGGAGGUAAGUAUCGUUCGCGCCAGCCCAGCUGGCAAGCACAUGGCGGCCGUGUGGUCACCUCUGCGGACGACUCUCUCGCGUGCUUAUUACUCGCAAGAUGGUGUCCUGGGCGUCGCACGACUCGCGGCGAAUUUGGCUGUAUAUCCCUUCCGUCAGACCUGGGUGCACAGUCUGUACCGCUGGAUUUCGCCCAGCGACGAAGUAGUACUUUUGGGAGUACUAUUUAUGCCGGUUACUUUGUAUUGCGGAUACGUCAACUUCGGUGCACCAGCCUGCGUCUAUCUCUCUGGCCUUUUAUUCGGGAUCGCCAACGAUUCCGGGUUGCGUACUUCAAGUUGUGACUAUGUCAUAACUAGCAUUUAUACUCCCGUGGAUUCACUUAGGCAGCAGGAUGCACGACUCCAGCGCUUGUAUUGUUCUGGAGAACUGUCAGGAUUCGACAUGAGAGCCGAAUGGAAAGAAUGGAUGGAGCACCAGCUCUAUUCAUUGGAAAUGUUCCACCUUGCACUCUUCGUGUCCUUGGUGGCGUUGGCGCUCCUCCCUACCUUCAUCGUCUGGACGGUCAUCAAGCUGAAGGGCUUUGACUACAUCAUUGUCCGGAAAGUAAGCCUGACAGCGACAGAGGUUGCAGGGAAACCAACCCCGAAGAAGGCCAAGAGGGCAAGCGAUGUGAACCCCGCCAGAAGGAAUGGGACAACUGGGAAUCGAAUGAGGGUCAGUCAGUGGUCUUCGAUGAUUGACCAGUUAAACGGCCGGAUUAGAGAACUUGAAGGACGCACCCUCGACUCUAGGUCCAGGAUUUUGGCUCUUGAGGAAACAGUCCGGACUAAAGACCGAGUACUCGCCAAAAUCAUGAAGGUCCGCGAGGAGCUGCAGCUCGUGAACUCAAAGGAGCGUUCACGACGCGAGCACCUUACCGAGAAGCUGGCAAAGAUUGUCAAAACGCAAGACACGCGCAGUUUAACUUGCUCCCUCCAGUUGGCGCGAGAGCAGCUGAGACUGGAAGAGAUGCGAGCGGAGAUUGCAGAAGACAGGUACCAGGCUCUCAGAACGCUUGCGGGUCACCUCAAUUCAGAACCAAGCCUCCAAACGCACCUGCGCGAUUUUGACAAGAUCGCUGAGGAGUGCAAUAUGGACGGUAUCAGUGCCUUGGCCCGCAAGGCAAGCCUGGAAGUCAUGCAGCAAACUCUCAAGGACAAGUUACGCUACCUGCUUAGUGAGGCAACGCCCAAGGUCUACGCCGUUCGGAACGCCAGAUGCGACGAAAAGAUUGCCGAUAUCAAAAGAACGACCGCCCUUGAGAGGGAACUCGAAAAUGCGCGCCGCCAAAUCAACUCGCCCGCAGCCGAACCUGCCAAACGUCCACGUAUUGCCGCCACGAAGGACAACCCGGUGACGAAAGCCAACGCUGAGCUUGACGCGAUGAGACAACAACUUGCCAGGGUUGUUGCUGAUCUUGAAAUGCAGCGCGGUGAGACUGCAGCUACGAUUGGCCUCUUGGAAGGUGAACGCAGCGCGCACGCUCUUUCCGUCGCGGCACUCAAUGAGACGCACAACACGGCCCUCAUCACCCACUCGAGCCGAACGCAGGAGCUUGAGGUGGAGAUCCAAGCAGCGAGAAGGCACGCCGAAGAAGUCAGAGCAGGAAAGGACAAGGAGAUUGCGGACCUUCGCCAAGAACUCGAGGCCAAGAAUCAGGAGAUCGUGGCUCAUACCCGCGAGAUCCAGGAAACGGGCCGGGUAAUCGUCAAUAUGGAGGGUGAGCUCCAAGAAGCCCGGCGCUCCUUUGGAGCCCUUGAGGUUGCCGCCAAGGCCCAAGAAUUUCACGAUGCCCAGACCCAAACACCAGUCACUGGCGCUGAGCUCGCCCAACUUCAGCAACAGCUGGUUAGUUCCGCUACUAGAGAGGAGGCUCUCAGUACUGAACUCGCCCAAGUCAAUGGACUGUUACAGCAACUGCGGCUCGAGCACGCCCAGUUUCAGGAGCAAGAACGGCAAGUGAAAGAAGGUCUGAUCGCUCAGUAUCAGGCAGCCUUGUCCGGUAAGGAUGCCCAGUACAAGCAGCAGAUCGACCAUCUCCAGUCCGCAGGCCGAGCCCUCGAUGCAGAGUAUCAGAAACUGCGCACGAAGGUCCAAGGGCAGCAGGCAACUUCGACUGCGCUCGCGGACGCUAACGCAAAGGCGGUUGAACAUCAAGCACAAAUCAACCAUCUGACGCAGAAACUGAGCCAAGUCACCCAGGCUCCGACAGACGAUUUGACUAGACAACAGAUGGAGAAGCUUCGCACGCGGGUGCAAGUUCUCGAGAAAGGUGACCGUGACAAUAUCGCAGACAAAAUCCGGUUCACCCAACGGAUCAAGAGUCUGGAGGAGGACCUUCAGAAGGCCAAGAUCGCACUCAGCAACGCCAAAGCGGAUGCGGUAAGCCCUCGCCCUGUACGAGGCCCCAAUCCAUUGAGAGCAAAGGUCGACGACUUGAAUAAGGCUCUGCAGUCAAAGGACGCUGAGCUAAGUGCGCAACAGGCCCAAAUUGAGACUCAACGGGACAAGAUCAAGUCUCAAGAGGACCGGCUUAGCUACCUUGUUUCCCUGGGCUGGAUUCAAGAGGAUAGCCCCAAGGGGCUGGAAGCUCCCAUUCCGGAGGCGGGAGAGUUGAUCAGGUCCGAAGUCGACGUCCAGAAACGGGGCGGUGAGCCACUCGAGCCGCCACCAAAGAGACAAAGGACGGAGGAGUAUGAGUCCUCUGCGAUCCUGACCGUCCCAGCCAUCUGGGCGAAGACGACCGACCAGUGA